UUUUUUUCCUUCUUAAUAAGUCCCAAGGAAUAUCCUCUCUUCCCUGUUGCCAUUCGCUGCAAGCGCUCGGCGGUCUCUCCAACGCUUUUCUCCUUCUAUUAAACCCUCACUUAUUUCUCUUCCCUGAUUCCUCUGCUAAAAAGAAAAAAGAAGGGCGCUCUGUUUUUCGGAUCGCGAAAAUGCAGAGCGUAGCCUUCACUGUCUCUUCUUCUCCCUCGCUUCUUCCUCUUAAGCCUCCGAGGUCUUUGGUUAACACUAGCUUUACUGCUAGAUUCGAUCCUAUUUGCGCUUCAUCUAGACGCCAGGAUCUAGACAACUCCAGCAAUAUUGUUUUCCCCCGCCGAUCCUGGUCCUUAGCUUCGUCUUCCUCGCAGCUCAGGCCUUGGAAUCCUCUGCCUCCUCUAGUUUCCAAGCCUAAAACGGAGCUGUUCGAGGUUAGGGCGACGGCAGUGCCGGAGAAUGCUGGUGAGGCCGAGAAAUCGAGUAGCUUGACCAAGACUUUGGAGCUUGGAUUGUUGUUUGGGCUUUGGUUUCUUUUCAAUAUAUAUUUCAAUAUCUACAACAAGCAGGUUUUGAAGGUCUAUCCAUACCCAGUAACUGUUACUGUAGUUCAGUUUGCUGUUGGGACAUUGCUAGUGAUUCUUAUGUGGACUUUCAAUCUCUACAAAAGGCCAAAAGUUAGUGGAGCUCAGCUUGCUGCAAUUGUGCCACUGGCAGUGGUUCACACACUAGGCAACCUUUUCACUAAUAUGAGUCUUGGGAAAGUGGCGGUUUCAUUCACUCACACGAUCAAAGCCAUGGAACCUUUCUUCUCAGUUGUUCUUUCUGCUAUGUUUCUUGGUGAGUUGCCUACUAUCUGGGUAGUUGGUUCCCUUCUACCAAUUGUUGGUGGUGUAGCACUUGCAUCAGCAACUGAGGUCUCUUUCAAUUGGGCGGGGUUUUGGAGUGCAAUGGCUUCCAAUUUGACAAACCAAUCUCGUAAUGUCCUAAGCAAAAAGGUCAUGGUUAACAAAGAGGAAUCCGUGGACAACAUUACUCUCUUCUCAAUAAUAACAAUUAUGUCCUUUAUCUUGUUAGCCCCUGUAUCUCUCUUCAUGGAAGGUGUCAAGUUUACUCCUGCCUACCUCCAAUCUGCUGGGUUGAAUGUUAAAGAGGUGUACAUUAGGUCUCUUUUUGCUGCUCUCUGCUUCCAUGCCUAUCAGCAGGUAUCCUACAUGAUAUUGCAGAGGGUGUCCCCUGUUACCCAUUCUGUGGGCAAUUGCGUGAAGCGUGUGGUGGUCAUUGUGAGCUCUGUCAUCUUCUUCCAGACGCCUGUCUCACCUAUAAACUCUCUCGGCACUGGGAUUGCCCUUGCUGGUGUUUUCUUGUAUUCAAGAGUGAAGCGCAUUAAGCCAAAAUCAAAGACAGCUUGAAGUUAAGUGGAGAAAUUGUGUUUAAAUUGGGUUGUUAGAUGAUAGCAAGGAAUCAGCCGGAAAUUUUAUUAACUUUAUUUUUGGGUUUCAGACUCUUUGGUUUGUUCAUUUACACUAGUGGACUUCCAGCCCCAAAAAUGUAUGGGUGGAAGUAUGCUGCUUAGGAAUUUUCCGUUUUCUUUCUAUGAAUUUGUCGCGGUUAACGCGCAAUACAUUCCAAGGAUGAGAGUAGUGGGCACAUGAAAGGGCGUGGAGUUGCCCUAUUAGCCGAAUGCAGUGUCAAAGGAAAAAUGUGAGUGUAGCAUUUGGAAAAUUUGGUGUUUGGUAAAAUUAAUUUAGCGGAAAUGAACCGCGUAGAUAUUUGUAUCA